AUGGACAUCGUGCCGUUCUCAACGGCCGCGGGCAACAACGGUGACGGUGGUAUUGGUGGUAGACAGGAGCAGGAAGCGAACCAGUACUUCUUGCAUUUGUUGCAGGAGAAUACUCAGGUGAACUUGUUCCUGAAUGACCCCCGCAUUCAAAGUGCCUUGGAGCUUCGCGCGGAACAACGACAUCGAUUUGCAUUGGACAACGUGUACGCCGAAGCCAACGCAUACAUUGCACACCUAGAGGCAACAGCGGAUGCGAAUCAUCGUCAACAGCUAGCAUUUGUUAGCCAAUCCACGCACCUGUUGGUGGGACAGCUACACAAUGAAGUACGAGUGCUAGAGACAAUCGCCCGAUCAGAACGACAAUCAGCCAAUGAGCUGCAGGCACAGCUGGCACGCGCACAAAGGGAAAGUCAUGAUGAAAGGUCUAUGGCCAUGCAGUUUGAUGCACAUCGGUCCGAGCUGGAAGCAGCAGCGCGCACGCUCACUGCGGAAAACAGACAGCAUGAACGCCGUUUCGCGGAAUUGCGCUCGAGUAUCGAAGAAAACCACAGUGAGAUGAUUGCCUUUUUAGGGUCUGAGUUUGAGGAAAAGCUUCAAUGGGAAGAAAACGAGUACUACCAUAGGCUAACCUCUGAGGCACAGCAGUACGAUAGCUUGGUUGAUGACCUGCAGGACAGGAACGCGGAGCUUAUAGCUGAGGUCGACUCACUCAGGACUGUCUUGUCGACAGCGGAGAGUAGCCCACCGCAAGGUGGUGCCGUGCCGGUGAAAGUCGAUCCCAGUGAGAGCUCCAAACUUCAACCAAGCCCACCGCAAGGUGGUGCCGCAGCGACAAGCCCUGCUACGCUUUCCAGCGUGGGAAGUGCCCACGAGGUGAUAAGUGGAGGUAAAGGCGGUAAAGGUGGGGAGAAGAAGGAUACCUCUAAGAUUCCUUGCAUCUUUUACCCCAAAGGCACCUGCAAGAACGGUAAGAAUUGCCCAUUCAUGCACAAGGAUGCCGCUCCCUCUGUCCCGGCCAAAGGCGAUAAGGCUGGCAAGGACGGGAAGAGAUCGCCUUCCGGCAAGCGCAGGCGACCCAGUAAGAAAAGGCCAAAGAGUGAGGACAAGCCAGCCGCUUGCUGUCUUUCCCUCACAGCCACCCUCACGGGUGAGCCACCGGCCGAUGCUGUGAAGGCCUACGCAGUAGCAGCCCGCAAGGGCCCUGCCGGAAAGCCCCGAAGCAGGAAAGUCCAGUUCCUAAGGCCAGAAAUCAUUGACAUCCCGCCUGAGGGUGAAGGCUGGAGCUUCGUACCAGACAAGCACAAGUUCGAAUUCAGGUACAAGUCUGCGGAGCUAUGCCCACCAUCAAUUCCAGAAGACACCGAAGAAGCUUUGCAGAAUGCCCGUGUCGGGGUAGAGAAGGAUUCUGCAUCCAUUGCAAAGAAGCAAUUCCCCUGCCCCAACUUGCUGCAGCGGACCAUUGAUGGCAUGCUUAGCAGCAAAGUCCUCAGUCCAGCUGGCGCGGCAGAAGAUCCCAUCGAAAAGAUGGCGAAUUGCAUUCCCCCCAUUCCUGGGGUGGAAACGAGGUAUAGAAUCCGGACUACUUGGGGAUUCAAGGAUGACGUGUGGUCUUUGUUGGAGGAUUCAGUCAACAUUGACGAAUUGGACGGAAUCUAUGGGGAAGCGCAAGCCGACAGCGAUGUCGAGCCAUACACAAUGCCAAAGUCUAAGAAGGAUGAUUGGUGGGACGGCGAAACCUACUUCGACCUCGCAGGCCGGGAACAGUCUGAUUUCGAGCUGGCAGUUGCAGCUGCCCGCAAGGGCAAGCCGGUUGGGCAUUUCAAGUUACUGAAUGUUGGUACAGCCGAACAAGUGGCGGAUGUGUUCACGAAGCCUUUCACUGAAAAGAACAAGUGGACGCAUGCCUUGAAGCUUAUUGGACAUACAACCAGCGCGAACGUAGCCGGGUGCAAACCCGAGUCGAAGGUCGAGGUUGACAACAAGGUUUCGGUAGCAGCAGCUCCGGAUGCAUCAAAGGCUGUCGAGGACUUCGCUCAACAAUCGUUCGAGGCUAACGAUUACAGCUUCAAGACCUUCGAAAAGCUAGCUGGGCUUAUUCGUACCAAUCUCAAGGCAUCAUUGGCAAAACCGCGAGCAUUGAUGGCUUCUGAGAACCUAUCCAAAUACUUGGUGUUCGGCGCUUGGGUCCAUGGUGGGUGCUUUGGUAUUACCAACCGCACAAAACAUUAUCCAUGGAUUUGCAGGUAUGUGAAUGGAUUUGUUAAGCAAUCAUCUCCGAAAGGGUUUACAUGGACUUCGUUCGUGUUCAACUUCAAUGGCAAGGCCCGCAUCCACACGGAUAAGUACAAUCAGAAAGAAUCGUACAACCUGACGUUCUCCUUCGGUAACUAUACAGGGGGGACACUGUGGAUUGAGGGCGCGAGCCAGUUGGGACCACCGGGAAUAUACACAGAUGAUCAUGGCAAAGACCACAAAGGCUACAAUUGCAACACAUACCGCAAGCCCACUCUGUUGCAUCCAUCGACAAAACAUGGUGUACAACCCUACACUGGCGAACGACAUUCCUUCAUCGCCUACUCUUCAGGGGGGUACCAGAAGUUCAACAAAAAGCAAAAACAAUUCCUACAUCAAGCGCAGUUCCUCUUGCCUACGGCUCAGUUGAAGCUCCCAGCUCAGAAUGCAAUGGUUUGUUUGAGGUGUGUUGGUUCCCCUCUCGAUGAGGGGGGUAGGCUUAACAAACCGUGUUCUCGUUUCGAAAAUGAUUCGUUUGCACACACAUCGCUCGAGUGCACAAACACACAACAAACUGCAAGCCUUGACCAUGAAAUCUUGGCUUUCUUUAUGUGCACGCCUGCCAUUGCAAUUUCAGCUGGUUCUGAUCUUCUCGACUUGCCCGAAGCGACUUCUACGAUCCCCAAGAUGGCAGCCAUCGUUGUGAGCGACGAGUUCUGCAGGGUCAACACCUCCGAAGCAGACAGGAAUGGGGUUACCAAGGCCAUGAAAACCAUUCUCCAAUCCGCCGCCCUCAACAACGAUAUCAUUUCGCUCGGCGCCGAUCAUGAGAGCCAGCUCUUGGAGUCGGCGUACAGCUGCGUAUCCACACAGUGCGCGGCUGGGGUAUCCUUGACCCAUGCCGACGCAACCACUGUGGCUCUGCGCCAGAUGGCUGACCUCAGUGACGAGGGACUCGCCAAGUUGAAGCCAACCGCAAGGUUGAGCCCCAAGGCCAAGCGAGCCAUCAUAGUCGUGUCAGACAGCUCCACUGCACUUUGCAAGAAGAACAGGCGGGGAGUGUUCGUUAAGGCCGACUUGGAUGCGGAAGUGAACAUCGCAAGCUUUACGCUGGGAUGGGCGCAGACUCGCUAUACCAUGUGUUGGGGUAAAACCUUGGCGUGGAUUGUCUGGCAGGUCGAGGAGCAUGUGAAGGAGCUCAGGAGCAACUAUCCGGACCACACCAUCGACAUAAUCUGCUGGUGGUGCGGGAACGAGAUCUCCGGCCAGUGGGGCUGCAUCCCCACGCGGCUAGGACCGGGACUCGCCUACAGAGAUCCCAAUGUCACAACGGAGACCGUCGCACGGAAAGUGAGAAGGGCAGCGGAUGUUUUAGCCGCCCUCGCGGGCGAGCCGGACAUUGGUUUUGUGAAGGUGAUUGGGCAGGUGGAGGCGGACUUGUUCCAACUCCACUCAGCCUACAACGACUUCAAUGCCGCUAUGUUCGAAGAGUUCAGGCAGCGCGGUCUGCAAGUGCAAACCGCAAGCACCUUGGUCGAAAAGCUGGAAAUGUAUGACAGCUUUCACGCCAGCGAAGACCCUCGCAACCGCGAGUUAUUCCAGACCUACUUGCAUGCGACUAUCAAUGCAAGCAGGAGCGAAUGGCUGGCCCAGAAGAUGGCACCCUGUGUCAGGGCUUUGCUUGUUCGCUAUGAGCACUUUGAGACUGGCUCCGAUGCCAACAAUCCAGUGCUCGAGGAUGUCUUCAAGCAGUGGCGUGCAGAGAAGGACCAGCUGAUGAACCCGAAACAGGCCAAGCCAAUGCCGGUCACCCAGGAGGACAAGAUGUGGGAAGCCCCAGAUGCCGCUGACGCAAUCGACGUCAAUAAGAUCUCCGAGGGGCCACCCAUGGAUAAAGCCAUCCGCAAGGAUGUGCCAAGGAUCGGUGCAACCACGGACGUUAGUGCUGUGGCGGAAUGCGUCCAUGACAUCGUCACACAGGACGCAGACGGCAAGGUGUCCUACAACACCCCGGGCACGGUGGAACUGGUGGACGAGGGCGACCAGGUCGACCCUAUCCCCUCAUCGAUUGGACGUGUUGUUGAGCCAGCGCCUCCGAAGAAGACUAAGAAGUCUGAUCGAGACGAGGAUGCCAUGCGUAGGCUCAUGUUCAUCGAUGAAAGCGCCCCGCAAGGGGCUGCCACUGUGCCAGAGCUUCCAAAUGAGUACUUCUACAAUGGCAAGAAGCACUUGAUGAAGCCCUUCAACCCGGAGGACAUUGUAGGAGACAGGCACGUGACAUUCAAACACGGAGACCUGAAGUUCCUCACCAAGCUGCUGCGUGGCCAUGAAAUGGACAGCUUCCCUGCAUUGAUCUUUGACCGUGGGUGCUGGACAGACGUUGACACUCUGCUCCAGGUCUUCAACACGGCACGAGGCGCACGCUGGGGUGUGAGGCAGCUGCUACGCGCAGCGAAAGCCGAUAAUAAGGGACGGAUCAGACUUUUGGGCAUUGACGUCCCAAUGAAGGACACCCUGGGUCAACCGCUAUUCCCUGUCAGAGUGAGGAUGGCCCAAGGGCAUAACUCCAAGCUCAUCGGCAAUAACCCGGACGCGGACUUCUUCCUUGCGACCAGGUUCUACAGCGGAUUGUCCGAGUACGAGGCAGACCUGCAGAGCAGCGUCAGGGGGGUCACUGUGCUCUCCCGCGAGGAUACCCCCCCAAAGCUCUUCCACCGCACGAAUGAAAAGGGAAUGAAGGGUAUCCUCCGCGAUGGAAUGAUCGCCGGCUCCGCGAGGUCAGACAGGUCCCACAACUACCUGUCCCCGUACAAGUUGGACGACACCCACUACAAGAGUGGAAUGCGCUCCAACCAGCCGAUCGAGUUGACGAUAGACACGCAGCGAGCAAUCGCCGCUGGAUGCGUUUUCUUCGUCACGGAGACCGACGGCGUCCUCACACGGGACAAUGUGCCUCCCGAUUGCGUGCUGUCCGCCAUCGACACCAGCAAAAAGAACCUCCCGCUCUACGUCGCCGAGCACAAAGAAGCCGCCCGCGAGGGUGAGCCAGAGCGCAUUUUCCGCGCAAAGCGCGACUAUGAGGAGGCCGCAGCAGCAAGCUCAUCAUCGGCACCGCCCCCAAAACAGGCGGCUAUCGCUCCCAAAGCGAUUGCUUCAAAGAAGAUGCCGAAGGUGGUUCCCAAGCCCGCCGCAAUCGCCGAAAAGGACGAAAGCAUGGACUUGGAUGAAGCCACCCGCGAGGGUGAGCCUGCUGAUGCUGCUGGUGCAUUCGACCUUGACGAAACCAAGGUUGAGGUUGAGGUCGAAGUCGAUGAAGGCGAUACAACGGAUGCGGGUGAGGAUGAGCCGUACCCACUUGGCUCUCACCCAUGCCGCGAGUGCGCAGCAGUCGUUGCCAAUGGCAUGCUGUUCUGCCUCCGUUGCAAGGCUCCCCAGACGGAUGACUCCAAGAAAAUCACAAAGCGAGUCUUUGAGAAUUCGAGACUCCGCCAGCGCCUUCUUGCCACCGCUGCGACCGGAGCCCAGAAGCCCAUCGAUGAUCUCCUCGCGAGUGACCUUCGAGGCCUGGGCGAGGGACCAAAGAAGCGUGGUCAGAUGAGCGCGGAGGCCGCCGCCAUUCGUGACGCCAAAGACCGAAAGAUCAGGGCCGCCAAGUUGAACUUUGACACCGUGUCCGACCGCUUCGAGAAGGACGCGCAGUUCAACGUGAGAAUGAUGCAAGAGGGCCGCAGCCUUGAGGACAUGCAGAAAUUCGAUCACCUGUCGAACGCUGUGCUUCCCGAUCCAGGACGCAGUGAGGAGCAGCGCUACUUGCGUGCUGGCUCCCAUUAUGGUGGUGGCAAUGUCCCGCCUGCGAAGCUGGUCUAUUAUGCCCACUGCGAAGUGGAGCCGUUGAGGAACUUGCGGUUUAUCGAUGAUACCGCGGAUGUCCCCAUCGGCUUGACCUACCUCGGUGCAUUCCUCCCUCCGCGACUCUAUGCUGAGGUGGCAGCAGUGAACGAUGCUGCGAAAAGGAUCCUGACUUUCGACGGCGAAGUCUAUGUGUCGGCUACCACAAUUGAAGGCAUCACAACUGAGAUCGGACAGAUCCUUACCGAUAGCCUCCGUAGUGCUCAGGACCAGACAGACCAAACGGAACGUCUGGCAGAGCGCAAUCGCCAGGCUGCAGUCCAGAACCGCCCAUCCCAAAAGGGACGUGGUCGCACGACAGCACCUGAGCCCAUGUACAGAGGCUAUACUCAGGCCCAGUGGGACGAGUACUAUCGCCAGCGUCGUGGAGGUUACACUCAGGCCGAGUGGGAUGCAUGGAACCGCACCCAUAGGCGCUGA